AUGACGGUACAUUACGGUACCAAGGGUGGCUAUGUGUUCCAAAUAUGGAUGGUCUUCGAGAAAGAAUCAUGGCAGAAGCUCACACUUCUAGAUAUUUUGUGCACCCAGAGUCGUCAGAAAUCCUAUUCGGAUGUUCGUCGCGGAGACUUGGAAUUCAAGGAAGGCGAUUGGGUAUUCUUGAAGGUAACCCCCCAUGAAGGGGAUAAUGCGGUUUCGAAAGAAAGGGAAAUUGAGUCCGAGGUAGUUGGAGACCCGUCCGCUAUUGUGCCGGUUGAGACCAUUGAGGUUAGUGAAGAAUUGUCCUAUGAAGAGAUCCCGAUUGCUAUUCUUGAUAGACAGGUCCAAAAGUUGAGAAAUAAAGAAAUUGCAUCCGUAAAUGUAUUAUGGCGAAACCAGCAAGUAGAAGAAUCUACUUGGGAAGCCGAGACUGAAAUGAGAAAGAAGUACCCUCAUUUGUUUGAAUAG